AAUAACUAGUGCUCAUAUUCUCACGUUACCACUCGUUGAAAGUUGCAGCCUUACCAGCAGUUCGCCACCAAAAUGCAACGGCUGGACAGCGUAGCCGGCGCCCUGCUGCGCGGUACCGGGCUUGCCCGCGGUGCAGUAUGCGCUGCAUUUACUGACUCGAGCACCAACGGCGGCAGCAGUGUGGGCUUUCUGCUGCUUGGCGGUGUCAGGUCCUACCGGUCUUCGCCACCAGCAGCGAGUGAGGACUCGGACUCGGAUGGCAGCAACACCCGCAGCAGCUCAGGGAACAGGAGCAGCCAGGAGCAGCCGACCCCGCCCGGCGCCUGGCCAGCCCAGCCCGCCUACUCUGGAGGCCUGCGGGAUGACCCGGGGCAUGAGCUGGCGACCGGGGGUCUCUACGAGUCGGCUCGGAAGGACCGCGAGCCUGUGCCCAGCCCCUGGCCCGGUACCACCCAGGAGGAGGUCCGCGGGGAGGGUGGUCGGUUCAGCGCGCAGCAGGUGACGCGGGACAGUGGCGGCGGCGCCGGGGACCUGCCCGCCAGCAGCUAUCCCAUCCACGACGACCCCUCAACCUCCAUGCAGCACCCCAACGAGGCGUUCCGAGGCCCUGCCGAGGAGGCCUACGGUCGGCCGCAGCCACGCGACUCCCAGCCACCGCCCGCGGACCGGCCGAAGCAGGCGGCCGAGCCGUCGCCGCACGCGGACGUGGCCGCCAGCCCCGGACAGAUGGGCGUGACGCGUGACGCCCCGCCGGAGGACGUACAGCCGGGUCAGGUUGGCGCCGUUCGGCCGCCCACCAAGGAGCAGCAGCGGUCUGAGGCGGAGGGCUUCGUGCGUGGCUCGGUGGGCGACAACCUGAAGGAGCCGGCACGGGGCAAGCUGGACGAGGGCGCGGACUGGGCGCAGAGCGACCGGCACUGAAGGAUGAAGCGGGAUGUCAUGGUACACGGCGAGAUACUAGUAUAUCGCUCGUGCACGCUGCUGUGUCCUUCUGUAUGACCCGCCACAUGAACUGGCGAGGCAGGGAAACAAGGGGGGCCAAGAGGCUGUACAGUAGAUACAG